UAAUAUUUUGUUAUCUUUACUGAAACAAAUUCAUAACAUGUUAUAAAAUUUUGUAAUAAAUUUUGGCCAAAAUAUUUUUUGGUAAAGCAUUUCAUGGUAGGGAGUUGAAAGGGCAAAACUAGUUUAAAUGUUUUGUAAUCAAAACGACCUGGCACCGCGCCAACGUAUUCCAGAAAUAAACCGUGUGAAUCGCGUCCGACAUUUAUAUGAAAAUCACGUAAAACCGCGGUUAUUAUUUUAUUUAUGAUAAAUGGAGCGGCAGCAUAACCUGCACUCUAGUAUCCAUGGCUCCUUCAGGAGCAAGGACUCUUCCUCGACAGUUGAGAGUGAUCCGCGAGAAAAAAUCAAAGAUUGUCUUAGAAAAUUUAUAGCAUUUAUGUUUACUCAAGUGGGUGUUGGCGCCCUUGUCGUGUGCUAUGCGAUAUUAGGUGCUGCAAGUUUCAUGCACAUUGAGAAAGACAGUCCAGAUGAACAGCUGGAAAAUGUUAUCCAGUGGAGGCAAAAUUGUGUUGAACAGCUGUGGAACAUCACAAACAAAUACAAUGUCUUAAACUACACAGCUUGGAUGUCUAACAGUAACAAAGUUUUGAAAGACUUUCAAAACAAUGUUACAUCAGCGAUACAUUUGGGAUAUAACGGGCGAUCCUCAGAAGACAUAUGGUCAUUCCCAGCAGCACUAAUGUACUCAUUGUCAGUGUUCACAAUGAUUGGGUAUGGCAAUGUUGUACCCAAAACUGUCUGGGGGAAGAUUGUAACAAUUGCAUAUGCUUGUUUUGGAAUUCCGAUUUAUGUGCUUUAUUUCUGUAACAUGGGUAAAGUACUGGCCAAGACUUUCAAAUGGUUAUAUAUCACGGCUCAUGAAUGUAGUCGGAGAGAGGAUCCGUUGCUUGAAGAUGGAGAAAUACAACCCAUUAAGAAAAAGAUAACUGUCCCGUCCACUGCUUGCCUCUGGGUGAUUUCUUUUUACAUAUUGACUGGUACAAUUAUGUUUGGUGCUUGGGAGAAAUGGAACUAUCUAGACUCUACAUAUUUCUGUGUGAUUAGUUUAUGUAAGAUCGGUUUUGGUGACUUUGUUCCUGGAGCAAAUAUAGCAGAUUCCGCCGAGGGUUCUCACUUGAAGCUCGUCAUAAACUUUAUAUAUGUUUUGCUCGGUAUGGGUUUAGUGGCUAUGUGUUAUAACCUAAUGUGCGAAGAUGUUAGGGUUAAAGUGCGGGAGCUGAGAGAAGAUUUGAAGAACUGUUUGGAUGAUAUUACACUUAAAAUAACUGUUUGCAUGAAUGAUACUAAGUAUUAUCACCAGAGACAGACUAGAAAUAUAAAAUGAUGAACAUAGAUAUGCAUUUCUUUUAAAUGUUCCUUAUUAAAGUUUCUUGGAUUUGUAUAAAAUGAAAUAUUCAACACCUAUGUUGUAAUUUUGUUAAAUUAUUUGUUAAGCAGUAGUUUUAAAAAGUAAUAUUUUCG